CCACCAUCCUCUAAUAUGCAUCCCUCUCACCGCCACCACUCGGUCCGUCCCAAACGCACGACCGUGCUUUUCGGCGAGUCACUCGACCAGCUGUGCGAGUCCGUUGCACUCCUUGACGGCCUUGGUGAUGGCGUCGUCGAGCUUGCGCUGGGUGGGGGCCGACGGGGUAGAUGCGCUUGGAGUGGUGGGUGCGGCCCCACCGGUCGGUGACGUACACCUUGAACGCACGGAGACGGCGGGAAUAGCGGAUGCCAAGACCUGCACAUACAACAAUGAAGGCACACGAGAGAGAAGGUGCCGAUGGGUAUAUCUCUCUCUGCUUGUCUGCUAGACGGUGUGCAGUGCAGGACAUACCUGAGUGAAUGGUGAGCCAGGUGACGUCUGAGUGUCGGCACUCGUCGAUGCGGCAGGCCGCCUCGAGGAAGAGGGCAUUGUCGUCGAGGCGUUUGUCGCGGUCGUCGGGCACGAAGAACCUCUGCAACUCCUCGUCAAGACGCCGUGCGUCGAAGUCGGGGCUCCAUGGGGGGAUGGGAAGAUGCGUGGGACGACGGUGUUGUCGGCAACCAGAGGGUGGGCAUGUGUGUGCGGGUGGGCGAGACGAUCGUCGAUUCGAC